GUUCGAAAUUUUUCUUCAUUUUUUAAUCAAGUAAGUAGAGUGUAUUGCUAUGGCGGUUACUGAAGAAUUAUCAGAAAGGAUGAAUGAUGAUGCUAGUACAGUUGGUGUUGAUGCUUGUACGAUUAGUGUUGAUGUUAUUAGUCCUCUUUAUGUACACCCUUUCGAUAGCCCGGGUGCAAUGUUAGUACCAGUCCCCUUUAGUGGAAUUGGGUAUCGCUCAUGGAGGAGGAGUGUUUUGAGAUCCUUGUCGAUUAAAAAUAAACUAGGUUUCAUCAAUGACAAGUGCCUUAGACCUAGCCCUGAAGCACCUACUUACACACAAUAGGAGAGGUCUGACGAUAUAGUCACUGCCUGGAUUUUAAAUUCCCUGUCCAAAAAAAUCGCAGAUAGUGUGGAAUAUGUUGAUACAGUAGAAUUAUGGGUUGAACUUGAGGACAGAUAUGAGCAGACUAAUAGUGCCAAAUUGUAUAAAAUUUAAAUGGAGAUUAAUGAUUUGUCACAAGGAUCACUCGACAUUACUGGAUACUAUACAAAGUUGAAAAAGCUAUGGGAGGAACUGAGUAAUUUGAAUGCAAAGAGUCGAUGCACUUACAACUGCACUUGUGGAGCAAAGAAGAGCAGGCAUAAGGCAGAGCAGGAUAGAAGGUUGAUUCAGUUUUUGAUGGGUUUGAAUAAGGUGUAUACAGUCAUGCGAGGGAGUAUAUUGAUGAUGAAUCCCCUUUCUUCAAUAGCACAAGCUUUUUCCAUACUUGUACAAGAUGAGAAAUAGAGGGAGACUAGACCCUCCAAUCAGCUCAACAUGAAAUCAGCUUCUUUUGUUGUAGGAACCAACAGAUCUGGAAAUUAUAAAACCAAUUUUUCUCCAAAUAAUCAACAUCACAGCUCCAGCAACUCUCGUUUGUUUUGUGACUUUUGCAAAAGGCCUGGCCACAUCAUGGACAGGUGCUAUAAGUUGCAUGGAUAUCCACCAAACAACAACAAUACUCAAGGUAACUCGAGCCAUCCAAACCAGUCUUACAAUGGGCCACAUAACUCAUCAAAUAAUCCCUUUCCAAAUAGAAGUUUCAACCAAAAUGCUAAUCAUAAUCGAAACCUCAACACUCACAAUCCAAAUAGAAACUACAACUAUAACAAUAACUCAGGGUAUAAUCAGAAUCAAAGGUACAAUAGAGGAAACAACAAUAGGACAGUGGUCAAUGUGCAUUGUUCAAGUGAUAACAUGUCUGUGAAAUGGUAUGAAGAAGAUCAUGGACCUGAAGAAUUGUACAACUUAUCUCCGACUAAAGAGCAACUCAGUCAUGUGAAGCAGGUCUUACAGAAGUUCAAUGAUAGUGGAGAAAACUCUCAACUCUAUGAUAUUCCUGGUGGUACUGGCAGCUUUGCAGGUACUAUAGUUUGCACCUCCUAUAUUGACUUUGGUAAAUUGUCUUGUGAUUGUUUCAAAAACAAGUCUGAUUUAUGGAUUCUAGACUCAGAAGCAUCAAACAAUAUGACUUUCAACAGUUCCUUGUUAGAUAAGAUUACCACCCUACCUAAUCCUAUUUUAGUUGAACUUCCAAAUGGACAUAAAGUCAAGGUGACACAAAUUGGUAGUGUGGUACUUGGACCUAGGAUCACCCUAGAAAAGGGCCCUUCAAUGAAGAGCCCUCUGGAGAUUGGUAGGGCAUGACCUCUAUUUCUUGUGUCCCAGAUGUUUGAAGAACAACAAUGUCAGGUCAAAUGAGCUUAGAUCUGAUGUCUUCCCUUCUUUUUGCAGUAAUUGUAGUUUUUAGAGUUGUCAGUCUCAUGCUUUUAUAAAUAGUCCAUUUAAAUCCAUUCAGUAUGAUCACCAUGUUGUAAAUACUUGUCAUGAUAAUGGAAAUAAAGCUGUUGUUCUUUCUA